GCAGCAGAAGCACCCAAGGAGGAAGCAGCUGCUCCUGCAGAGGCCACAGCAGAGGCACCCAAGGAGGAAUCUGCUGCGCCUGCCGUCUCGCCAGCUGCGGUCACAGAGGCUGCGGAGGCGCCCAAGGAGGAAACCGGCGUCGCAGAGGCCUUUUGGUCGCAGGUGGCUGGAUCUGCUCCGCCGGCGGAAGAGAAGGAGGCAGAAGCUGCUCCAGUGCCACCAAGCACAGAAGAGGUGGGUGGAUCUUCAGAGGAGAAGGCAGAAGCAGCACCUUUGCCACCCGCCACGGAGGAGGUGGCUGGCUCAUCCCCUCCUGUUGAAGAGAAGAGCGAGGUUUCUCCUGCACCCCAAGCUGUCGAGGAGGUAGCUGGAUCUGCCCCUCCCGCAGAGGAGAAGAAAGAGGCUGAAACGGCAGCACCUGUGGCAAGCGGAGAGGUGGCUGGCUCAUCCCCUCCUGUUGAAGAGAAGAGCGAGGUAGCUGGAUCUGCCCCUCCCGCAGAGGAGAAGCAAGAGGCUGAAGCGGCAGCACCUGUGGCAAGCGGAGAGGUGGCUGGCUCAUCCCCUCCUGUUGAAGAGAAGAGCGAGGUAGCUGGAUCUGCCCCUCCCGCAGAGGAGAAGCAAGAGGUGGCUGGCUCAUCCCCUCCUGUUGAAGAGAAGAGCGAGGUAGCUGGAUCUGCCCCUCCCGCAGAGGAGAAGCAAGAGGCUGAAGCGGCAGCACCCGUGGCAAGCGGAGAGGUGGCUGGCUCAUCCCCUCCUGUUGAAGAGAAGAGCGAGGCUCCUAUUCCGCCACCUGCUGAAGGGUAGCGGCUGGCAUUCGCGCCAUGUCAGGAGUUGCACACCGCCAGGUGCCAUGAUCAGCAUCAUGUGACGGAUGGUUCUUGUCAUAGUCAAAGAUGGCAGCAAUCUACCGGCCGAGGGUAUUUCCAGAGUGGCUAGGAUUGAAU